AUGACUGAAAUAUCAUCAGAUAACACCUCAGUGAAGGUGACUCGGCGUCCAGUAAGCAAUAACAACAACACGGGGUCUAAUGAAAGCGGUAAUCGAUUUGUCAUAUCAAAGUGUAGAAGAGAUGCCAAUGAUAAUAUAAACCAAGAGACCAGUGACGAUACUGAGCAUGAAGAGAGAUUACUAUCGGUAUACUGCCGGUCCGGUAAGCUGGGAGCAGCGCACUACACGCUACAGACCGGGGAGCUGUACGUACUUGAAGAGAUAAUGGACCGCCCACCAGAAUUCCAAAUGUUCUUAAAUCUGUUCCGCCAAGUGGAACCAGCUAAGAUUCUUCUAGAAGGAAAGUCACAGAGCACCUUCGUACAGACAGUCAAAACGACGGUGUUCGAUUGUGACGCCAGUGGUCAGGGAACUUGCAAGCUGAUACUUUUAUCCGCAAGGGAAUACAGUUUCGAAGCCUGCAAACGUCGUAUCCACUCCCUCUCGCUGCCCAACGAGCCACCCAAUUGUACAGAAGAUGAAAGGAAACUGUACAUUAGGACCGUUGUAGAUUUCUCUCACGUACAGAGCGUGCACGCACUCGGUGCGCUGCUCCGGUACUUAGACCUCAACUGGUCCAGUCUUGCCAUGGAGUUGCAUAGCAAACCACAGUUUUUGAGCUUAAGGAAAAUUUCCCUUGCAGAUAUAGUGACAAUAGACGAAGACACGUACCGUGGUCUCCAGAUAUUCAGCGCGGUGUCACACCCCAGUAACUUCAAGAAAGGCGUACAAGGCAGUAACAAGGAGGGUCUCAGCUUGUUACACGUCUUCAGCAAAUGCUCCUCCAAGGUUGGCCAGAGCAGAAUGAGAAUAUUCCUGCAGCAUCCCACUAAGGAUAUGUCAGUGCUGAAGCUGCGUCAGGACGUAGUGGCCUUCUUUAUGCGGCCGCAGAAUGAGUGCACAAUGAAGAAUAUUUGCUCCUCCCUCAGAUUCAUCAAAAAUGUUAAUGGUAUACUUACAAAAAUGAAGGCGUUAUCAGCAAAAUCUUAUCAAUGGAAGUCUCUUUAUAAUACAUUAUACAAUGCAGUGUUGAUAUGUGAGAUCUGCGAAAAUGCGGGAAAUGCGAGCGAAUUCUUGCAGCAACUCGCAUCCUGCGAUAACAACAAAUUGUAUGAAAUGGCGUUAUAUAUGAACAGAAUAAUAGAUUUCGACCUGUCCAAAUCUGAAGGGAAGUUUACAGUGAAGGCUGGAGUAGAUCCCGACUUAGAUAUAAAGAAGCAGACCAUGGCAAGCCUUCAUGGGCUGAUGUCGGAGACAGCUAAGGUGGAAAUGGAGCGUCUGCCGAUGUUCAUCGAGGAGUGCACAAUGCUGUACAUGCCACACUUGGGCUACCUGCUCGGGGUGAAGGCCUGGAGUGACGACCUCACCAUGGAUCAGAAGCAGUUGCCUAACAUGAAGUUUAUGUUUCAGAAUAACGACUAUAUACAUUACAAGAGUAAAGGCUGCGAAGAGUUAGACGUGAUGAUAGGCGACACAUACCCUGAGAUAGUGGCGCACGAGACGCGCAUCAUGAUGAGGCUCACCAACAUCGUGCUGGAGAACCUCAGCACCCUCGCCGACGUUAUCGACAAGUGCGCCGAACUUGAUUGUCUAAUAUCAAUAUCUAAGGUAUGCAAGGAGUUAAACUUUGUGCGGCCCACAUUGACUGAUGAGAAGAUAAUCAGCAUCAAACAAGGGAGGCAUCCCCUUCACGUCCUCAACUGCGAGAACUUCGUGCCCAACGACGCCGAGUCAAACCAGGAAGCAGGAUAUGUUAAGAUACUGACUGGACCCAAUUCUAGCGGGAAGUCAGUUUAUAUGAAACAGAUUGCGCUGAUAGUGUACCUGGCACACAUCGGCAGCUUCGUGCCGGCGGAGACGGCCACAGUAGGGACGGUAGACCGGCUAUACUCGCGGCUUCACUCCGCGGAGUGUGUCGCCGCGCACAUGUCGGCCUUCCUCGUCGACCUGCGGCAGAUGGCGCUGGCUCUUCAAGAGUCUACCUCGAAUUCGUUGAUCAUAAUCGACGAGUUCGGCAAGGGUACAUCAGAGGUCGAUGGGCUAGCGCUCCUGGCUGCUUGUCUCAACACGUUCCUGUUCCAAGGCGAGAGCUGCCCUCAUGUCUUCCUCUCCACGCAUUUCCUCAACAUCAAGGAUUACAUUGUCAAAACGCCGAUUGUCAAGUUCCUGAGUUUCGAACACGUAUUACAAGACGGCGAGCCGGUGUUCUUGUUCCGUAUCCGGGAGGGUGGCUCCUCGUCCAGCUUCGCGCUGCAGGUGGCCGCGGCCAGUGGCAUACAGCAGCGGGUCAUUGACCGGGCCACGGUGGUACUGGCUAGUCUCACGAACAAUUCCUUACCACCUGAAGACAAGAAGAUCACAGCAAAACUGAGGGCCUUCACGGAAAUAAUAAAAAACGAUCUCCUCACAAAUGUUUAAUUAAUAUCCAUAAAAUUUGUUUUAUAUAUUAAAUUACAAUAUGAUAUCUUUGCGUAUAUAACAUUAAUAAAUAUUUAAUAUAAAAUACAAAAUAUAUCAAAAAGAAAUAAUUACAACAUAUAGGCUGGCAAUAUACUGUUGACGUAACCGACUGUAUGUUACCAGCCUAACUCUUAUUACAUCUACACUCAGCAAGCUGACUUGGCCAGCAUUUUCGUAACCUAUACAUAUAGAGAAACUGUGGGAAUGUAUGAGUCACAUUCAUACAUACAUUCUACGAUACACACAAUAUUUUGACACAACGAAGCGCCUUUAUAGCCACAAUUUGAAUCGGUUAAACCGAUAUUCUGGGUUGAAAUCGUAACUGACCUCUUCACAUGCCGUUAAUCGAUUCAGAACACUGACACCAGAAUUAUAUAUAUUAGAUUCAGCAAUUCGUCAUUAAUAUAAUA